AUGGUAGAAAACUGCGACGUUUACUUUUAUCGUGAUGUGAUCCCUGACUGGUCGCAGAACAGACAGUCGAUCAGUGAGCUAUUCGUCGGGUUUCUCAACUAUUACGCUCAGUUCGACUUCGGGACGCAGGUUGUUCAAAUUCGUCGCAAGAAACCUUUGUUGAAAAUGGAAAAGGAUUGGAAUCGUCCGUUGUGCAUAGAAGAUCCAUUCGAUCUACACCAUAACUUGGGUUCAGGUGUCUCGAGGAAAAUGUUUGUAUUCAUCGUUCGCAACAUUCACAAGUCUCGUAAGCUGUUCAUGUUGUCGGAUGUUCGGUCAAAGUUCCUCGAAGGAAAGAAACACACAGUUGACCAGGGAAACACACAGUUGACCAGGAAAUGCCCCUCAUGUUCUGUGAUGCCUACG